CGGCUUCAAUAGUAGCGCUAUGUCCGCCCUCCCCGUCCGUGUUGCUCAUGCCUGGGCCAUAGUUUGGCUGGACUUGUAUCAGACGCCUUGUCUCAUCACAGAGGGGUUCACUGAUGGUAUCAAGGGCAUGUUCAGGGAGAUAGGCAGGGGCAAGCAGGAGUAUCCCUUCAACCCAUUGAACCCCGCGACUGCCACAACGAACCGCUUGGGUCGGAAAAAGAAGUACUGCAACGACAAGAAUUCUUUCCGUUUUGGAGUGACCUAUUAGGAGGAGUGCUCGGCGUUGGACAGUUUCGCGAUCAUCGAGUAGGUUAACCGC